AUGAAUGAUGCCUACCUACCAGGGGCUAUGGUCCUGGGCCAUUCCUUGAAGGAUAAAGGUGCAAAAGCUCCCUUGGUGGCUUUUGUGCUAGUCGACAGACUAUCCUCCGAUACUAUCACAGAGCUUCGAACCGUCUACGAUGAGAUUGCACCAAUCCAGGAGAUCAGAAACCAGAAUCCUGCCAACCUCUAUCUCAUGAAUCGAGCCGACUUAGUAUCCUCCUUCACAAAGAUCGAGUUGUGGCGGCAGACGCAGUACAAGAGAAUAGUGUACUUGGAUGCAGAUAUGGUCGCUCUCAGAGCUCCCAAUGAGCUCCUUACUCUCGACACAAAGUUCGCCGCAGUCCCAGAUAUCGGCUGGCCCGAUUGUUUCAACAGUGGUAUGAUGGUGCUAAAUCCCAACAUGGCCGAUUAUUAUUCUCUGUAUGCUUUGGCCCAAAGGGGCAUCAGCUUUGAUGGAGCCGACCAAGGUCUCUUCAAUAUGCACUUUCGCGAGUGGGACAGAUUGAGUUUUGUUUUCAACUGUACACCAAGCGGCCAUUAUCAGUAUGUCCCCGCCUAUCGACACUUCUCCAGCAACAUUGCAGUGGUGCACUUCAUUGGCAAAGACAAACCAUGGACGUUGGGUAGAGACAACAAGCUUAAUACAGGUGUCUACGGUGAAUUGCUGGGGAUGUGGUGGUCUGUAUAUGACAGACAUUAUCGACCCAAGACCGUCACUUACUAUGAUGCUCAAACAUUUGAUUCCACCAAAAAGGUUCAAGACUACGUUCGUGGGGAGGAACCAUUGUAUGUGGUGGGCUAUUCAAGCCAGCACCCAGCAGCCGGCCCAGCUCCACAACCCCAGCAUGAAUACCACUAUCCUCCAGAGCAACAUUACCACCAGGAGCAUCGUCCUCAUGACGACGGCCACCAGCAUUGGCUACAGCCCCAACACGAACACCAGCAUACGCACCAACAGUAUCAAGACCAAAAACAACCAUACCAUGGCCACCACCAGCAGGAACAGCAUCACCACCGAGAGGGGCACCAGUAUCCGCCGUCCGAGCACACUGGGCAAAUCCCUCAGCCUCCAGAGAUCCAAGUUCAUUCUCAGUCGGGUCAAACAACCUCUACAGAAUUGCCAUUGGGCGACGCACCCACUCCGAAGGCCACAUCGGACUUUCGUCCUGUUCCUACAGUCGAGCAGAGGCGAUUCUCUGCACCCCAUGUCGAAUGGGAUCCCGCACGAGCGCCUCCACCCGCCCACUCGAAACCAGAAGCCGCCAAUUUCCCAACCACGAUCUAUGACAUGUCGAGCGAGACGACGCUUUUUCAACCGCCUGCUCAAUACCCAGAAGCGCCAAAGGACAUGUGGUAUCAGGUCCCUGAAAAGGUUCCCGAACCUGCGAAACCGAAGCCGAUCUUCCCUUGGGAAACUAGAGCUCCCAAACCGACCCGAGUAUUUCCCCAACCGAGACAACCUAGCCCACAACCUCCCCCUCCGUCGGAACCGGCACCCGAAGGCCCCGGAGAAUUGUCAACUCCCUCAGCAACGACCGACGUCACCGGAUUGACCGAAGAAAGCGUACCUACGCCACCUCCCCCGGCACCAAUUGAUCUUUGGGCAGCCUUUCAGCAAAGGACCAAUGCAUGGGACGAAAUGCCUGAAAUUGAGCGCUACGUGCAGUCGAUCAGUCAACCUCGAAAGGGCAAGAUACAAGUCCUGUAUAACACCCUCGGACAACGCUCCCCUCGCAAUGUCAGCGGCACCACCACUCCAACAGAGAGAGACAGACGACGCCCGAGCAUCAGACUAACAGACUUUCCCACCAAGGACGAGCGCCCUAGCUUACCUGUGACUCCCGCGCCAAUACGGCGACCGACGUUCUGGGGAGAGGAAAAGGACGAAGAAGGGACCUUACCGACCGCGGAAGGAGUACCAAAGCAAGAAGACUGGGUGCGUCGAUUCUCCCACUACCCUCAACCCGAGUUUCCUGCUUCACAUCCCCCAUCGCAUGAAGUGCAUCGUGUUUUGUAUUGGAGAUGCCAAUAUUGUGGGAAACAGAACCCGAUUACAAAGUUGGAACAACUGCAGUUGAUGCAAAGUGAGGCGUUAUUGUCGCCCACAGGGCCUCGGGAAUUGGCGGAUGUGGCAGAGCUCCCUACAAGAAAGAUGCCGGAGAGCUCGACCAGAGAAGAAAUGGAGAAGGCGGUAAUCUCGCAUAUUUCACCUACAAAAGUGCCAAAGGCGCCCAAACCCAUCUUGAAGCCCCCUCACUUUGAAUUGGGACAGGAAGUGGUAGGGUCAGCGGAAGAUUCUACAAGGGAUGUUCACCAAGACAAAGAUUCGUUUGAACCCUCAUCUGAGAUUGUGCAAUCAGUCCAAGAGAAAGAGACUUCGAUUGAUCCAUUGUCGAGGCCGGCUGCUGAUGAGGAGGAGGUUACCCCCGAGCCGGAACCAAGAGCCGUUGUGGUUCCUACGACAGCAUGA